AUGGAACCCAAAAAAGGAGAUGAUGUGACUCUUAAAAUGGAAUCGCAUGACAACAGAAGAGAAAUAAAAAAUUCUUUACACCAUGGAGGUUCUGAUGAGUGUCAUGACAGUGCAGCUAGGAAUCUUAUAAACAUUGACGUGGCUAAAACGUCUCAGUUAGGUGAAGAUGAUGAAAGCUGCAAUGUAUUGGGUAAAGAUUUAAGCACAGAGUUUCUUGAUGGAAAAGACAAUGUGGAAGUUUCAGAAUGUAGUGAUUUAGAUACUUCAUCAAAGUUUUCUGAUGAUCUUCAUGGGUCCUGCAAUAUUCUAAGUAAAAAUAGUACAUAUUUCGAAGGAAGAGGUAUUAUGGGGGAAGUGAUCCCAACAAAUGUAUGUCUACCCGCAACCUCAACAGUAGACUGUGUGGCUAUUAAGGAAACUGAGUUUACGGCUGAACUUGACAAGGUGUUAAAUGCUCUAGCUGACCACACAUACAAUGUUGAUGAACUUCUUGAUGUUACAGGAGACCUGAUUGUUGAGCUAGCCUCUCGACCAGCUUCUCCUAAUCUGGUUUCAAACCCAUCCCUUAACCAGAAAAAAUGUGAUUCUCCUGCAACGAAAGAUGAACCCAACAAAGUUUAUCUACAGAAAUCGACCGAUGAUAUUCUUCUUUCAAAAGAAUGGGACAUUCGGGCUCCAGAUGAAACGCUCCCUGACCAUACCUUGGUGUGUCUUCAACCGGAUUUUUCACAAAACGUUACUUUGUCUGAUAAACAUGAAUACGCACUUCAAGAUGUGACUGUUACAGCACAGCACACGGCUGGAAAUAAUUCUUCACAAGCCUUCAAUGAUCUAGAUCCAGAUUUGAGCAAGGCUAGUCUUGAAGAUUUCGCAGUAACAAAUGUAAACGCAGGACAGAGCUUUCCGAGUGAUGCGUGCUUUGACGGCUUGCCUACUGAAGCCAGCAUCCUUCAGGAAGUAGAGCUGUUGGCCAACGCCGACGAUGGCACCGUUGUUAAAGAAACGGCAAAUGGCUGUAUAUCCCUUGUAGAAGGCGACAAUCCGGAUUCCAUUUCAUCAAAGGAAGUAAAGUGUUUUAAAGGUGUUGCAGAACGGUUUGUCCACGACGGCAUCUCUGUUUUAAGUGCAGAGACACUUACACCUGAGGAACGCUUGCUGUCUGAGAUGAGUAUCCUUCCAAAAGAGGAUCUGUUGGACAACACUGGCAAUGAAACAUGUGUUAACGAAACUGAUUCUCUAUCCCUUGUUAAAGACCAGCUUCCGGAUGCCGUUUUGUCAGAAGAAGGAAAGAGUCUGAAAGAAGUAACUGCUCAUAAUUUAGACCAUGAUUACAUCUCUGUUGUAACUUCAGUGGUUGAGGCGCUCACACCUCUUCUGUCUCUCAACAAUAUUAGACAGCGGAGCCUUGGCACUAAUUACGGCUCCCAAAAUAUGAGAGAUGUUUCAUCCGCAAAGAGCGGUUUUUCCUCUCCAAUAUUAAAGCCACAGCUAAAGGCUCUUAAUGCUCCGGUGCUGAGCCGUGAAAAAAAUCGAGAGGACAGAGACUCGGUUGGGACAUGUAUAACACCCAUAUCAACCUCUACUGAUACAACCUGGACAACACCCAUCAUGCUACUGAACAAAAGCAUAAACACUUCAUGGGAGUUUAUUGCAAAGGGAGAGAAAAGCGCGAGAGAUAAUGCUUCGGAGACUGAUUCAUUAUUUUGGAACUUUUCUCGCGACUCAUUAAGUGAUGCAUCUCGAGAGGAGCUGAUGGAUAGGUUAGAAGGUGCUUUGAUUGUGAUCGAGGUUCUUUCACGUCAGCUUCAAGGGUGGCAACAGGAUCUAGGCUGUUCGAGACCCUCUGAACAGAGAGAGUGCUCUACACAGACCUGUGUCACGUACACCUCCGCGGAUGAGAAAUAUUAUCACAAUCUGUAUAUAAAAACAAUGGAGAGGCUUCAGUCGAUGCGGCGCUCACACCAAGAAGAGCAGCAGCUGAAGCAGGUUCUUGGGGAAGCUAUGCAGACUUUGGAAUCACACAAGAGCCAAUCCACCUCCGUGAUUGAGUUUGCUGAAAGGAUGUAUGAUGUAACACAAAAGGAUAAAAUAUACUUGCAUCAGACGGUAAGCCACGCACGGGAACUUUUGUCCGAUCAUAUGGCUUUAUUAAACAAGAUGAAGGAGAAGAUGCAAUCCAGCAUGCUUCAGAGAGAUGAGAUGAAAAAGCGCAUGGAAAAUGCUCUGUGGGCCAAGGAAGCGAUGGAUCAGUGUCUCAAAGAUCUUGAAGGUCACUCCUCUAAGGUCAUAGCCCAACUGCAGCGGGACUUGGAAGCUGAGAAACGGCUUGGCGAGGCUGUCCAGCAAGCUUACAAGCAGCAGCAUUCAUAUAGCGUGGAUCUAGGAGAUUUUGUUUUCAUGGCCCAGUCUGUUUGCAGUCAGAUGGAAGAAGACAGAAACAAGCUGCAGUUACAGUGUUCUAAUGCCAGGCAGUUGAUAUCCCAACACUGGCAAAUGUUUGAAGUUAUGAAAGAGAGGACACAAAAUUCUGUACAGAAUUAUGAUACGCUGAAAGGCGAGAGAGACGCGGCCUACCAGGAAAAUGAAGAGUUAUGCAUCCAGCUUAAUGACAUGAAAUCCAAAAAUGACCAUCUGAAGAGCGAGAACGCUCAUCUAAGUGCAGAGUUGACAUCCCUGAUGGAGCAUCUUUGUAAGCUUGAAUCUGAAAUAGAUCAGCUAAAGCAAGAGAAUUCAGAUCUUAGUGAAGAGCUUUCUGCCAAGGAGUCCUCUUGUAAACUACUAGAGAGCGAGCUUUGUGAGGCUAAUGCUCGGGGAGUGGAAAUUCAGGAUGAAAAUAGGGAACUAACUAAUACAACUGUGCCCAGAUUGGAGCUGGAGGUGUCGGAGGCCGUUCAGCAGAAUAACGCUCUUCAGAUGCAGUUGCAAGACCUGGUGAGACAGCAUGCUUCCCAAAUAGCAAUGUACAUGGAAAGCAUAGAGUUUCUUGAGCAAGAAAACAGUGUGUGCCGCGAGCAGGUAUCGGAAACGGAAUCACAGCUAAAAAACAAUCUGUUUGCUUUACGGGAACGAAACCUGCAGUGUGAGACUCAGAAGGACAUAAUCAACAAGCUACAGAGUGAACUACAAGAACUCCAGGACCAGCUGUCUUCCACAAAGAUUGCGGACCAGGAUUUGCUUCUAAAAAUGGGAAAAGAUCUCUCUGAAUCGUCCGUGGAAGUCUCCAAACUCAAGGAGACUGUGCAGGAGCUAACCCGAUCUAUAAAAGAAGCGCUACAGGGGGAGCAGGCAGAUUCUUCCAGUGUACCCCACACACCCGGCCCUGGCUCUGUGUUCGCCCCAGAUUCUCUAGAGGAAAGUCUCCUAAGAGCUCAAAUUGAUGAACACAUAGCAGGUGAGACAAUAAAUCCACCAUGUCUUGUUUCAGACUCUGAACCCAGGAAAACAGGAAGCAUCUGGAGUAAAACCAGUGCAUUUACUCUUGUUCAGCCGCUCGGCUCGCCAUCUGCCGGAGAAUCUGAGGAAAGCUUGCUGGACUUACUUCAUGAGCUGAAUGAUUCUGUGUCGGACUUUACUGCAUCAUCGUCAAAACUGUUAGAAGCCAAGCAGCAAAUAAUUAAAGACCUAAAACAGGAAAUAUUUGCUCUUAAAGAGGAUCUACAGAGUACACAGUUCCAAGACCGAUCGGACAUCCGGAACCUGAAGGAAGAGAUUGAAAUUCUUGGAAGGAAAAAUCAAAACUUGAAUGAGAUGCUAAACAGCAAGCAACAGUGCAUCCGGGAGCUGGAGGGUAUCGUGCAUCAGCAAGAGCAGAAGAUACUGCAGCAGCUAAGCAGGGAAAGAGAGCGAGAGGAAAUUUGUGAGGAGAACUCCCAGUUAAAGCGCUCCCUGCAGUUGUGUGAGAAUGAGGUCCGUCUUCUUAAAGAUGAACUGGCAAAGAAUCGAACGGAUGCGGGGAUGGAGUGGAUUCAGGAGAAGCUACUUCUGCACAAGGAUUUGACAAAGCUAAGGCUGAUGCUGGUAGAGACCGAAAAUUCCAAGUCUGAAAUAGUCCAUCGAGCUUUGAGACAUAGGGAUAUUCUGGAAGGGAAUCUUAAGCGUUCCGAGGCAGAGCUGAAGAAGCUGGAUGAUAUUAUCGAGAGGAUAAGAGAGACGCUCCUUCGUAUACCUGAAGUCGUCUCCAGCUGUAAAGAAUUAAGACAAGUUAUGGGAUAUCUCGAGUGAAAACCUCGUCUAAAGAAAUAUUCUCUACCUGCAAUACCGGGGUGGUGAUCUCCAAAAAAGAAAUCUAUUUAAUCAGUGUACAUUUUAUAUAUUUAUUGUCUAACUCAUUUAGGUAUUGUAUAUGUGAAUAUGUAUGUUGUAAAUACUAAAAUACUUACAAUUAAAA